CAAUUAGAGUAAAUGACAUAUGAUUACACAAUUGAAUUAACACUGAUCAUUUUGACACAAUGAUCAGGUUGUUGAUUACAGGAACAUGUUGCAACAGGUGUAAGACAAAAAAUAUACAAAUAUAAAUACACAUACGUGUAAACAAAGACCAUAACCUUGAACAUUGAAGGAUGACUCUUUUUGAACAAAGAAAAGCAGAAUCAACAAAGAUUAAAGAUAAAUACCCAGAAAGAAUACCUGUAAUAGUAGAAAAAGAUCCAAAGUCUCACAUACAAGAUAUAGACAAAAGAAAAUUCCUUGUACCUAAUGACAUUUCUGUAGCUCAGUUUAUGUGGAUUAUACGAAAAAGAAUUCAACUACCAUCAGAGAAAGCUAUCUUCUUGUUUGUUGGCAAAGUACUGCCACAAUCCAGUGCCAGUAUGGGACAAGUUUAUGAAGAACAUAAAGAUGAUGAUGGUUUCUUAUACAUUGCUUAUAGUGGAGAAAAUACAUUUGGAUGUUGAUUGUAAGACCAAGGACCUUCCUGGAAUAAUGAUAAAUUUAAUGUGAACAUUUUGGAAAAAUAAUGUUUUGGGAGAUUUUCGAUGGAAUGUCAAAUAUUUUUUUUGCAGUUACUCAAAUAUUGACAAUUUUAAAAUAAAUGCCAAAAAUUCUGAAAUAUGUUAAAACUUUACAGUAGACAGCUAUUCCAAUUUUAAUUUAGGUUACCACCAAAGUGUAACAUUGAAGGUGACAUUUAAAAAUUUUGAAAUAUUUUUAAGAAUGAUAAAGGUUCCAAUAUACAUAUACAACUUGAUAUGAAAAAUUUAGAAAGUUUCAAAUUAUUUUUAUUCCAUGAUAAUUGUACUGCGCUAAGCGUUAGAAUACACCAGAUCCUACUUUAGAAUCUAGGUGUUUUGAAUUGCGAAGCCAGAUGAUUCUUGACAAAUCCACCUGUAUAAAACAUGUAUAAGUUAUGGCACUAGCCAUGAAUUUUGUUAUUUAUUUUUAUUAGAUCAAGGGUGUUUUAUAUACUACCAGUAAAUCAUAAGGUAUUAUGGGUAUUUCACAUUAUUUAUCAUAUAGGCUACUAUUUCAUGACAUAAACUUUUGAAGGAGCUAAAUGGUACAUAUGAUUUUGUAUGUAUUUUUUCAUGUAUUAAUACCAGCUAUAAACAUCAUAAAACCUACCAGUUUGCAACCUGAUAUUUUUACGCAUAUUUAAAUUUGAAUUGGUUGCUGGGAAAACAGUAUUAAACUUGUUCUAGAAAUUUUGCUGCUUGAAUAAUUUCACCAUAAAAAAUUGUUAUUGUAUUUUAACAUAUAGGGCAGCCAUUUUUUGGUUUUGUACAAUACCACUUUGGUUUUCAAAUUAAGUGUUGCUUUUCUACUUUUGUUGCCUAUAUUGAUUGCUUUCAUUGAACAGAUUGAACAAAACAAGCUAAACUGUAUAUAUGUUUAUGUAUGUGAUAAUGUGUGAAUGUUGUGUAUGAUAUUAAACGAAUUUGCACUUUAAGUCAAACAAAAAAAGAAAAUAACUUUGCUUUUUAAAAGACGCUUUAUGCGAAAGAAAAAAAUAUAAAAUAACCACCAACUUUUGAGAUCAAGAUUUUCAAUGGCUACUUUAAAGUUAGGCACAAUAAUGUGCAACAGUACAAGUACUUCAAUUAUUUUUAAAGUCAGAGUCGAUCACUGGUUUUCUGUAUUAUGUUUUAUUUUUUAAACAUUUAAGCCAAGAACUACAAUACUGCAAGUUUAUACCUUAAUUCUUGAAAACUUAUAUAGAAAAUUAGAAAUACGUUUCCUUAUGAAACUUUUAUACUUUUACAUGAAUGUGUUGAAUGUAUAAAUUUUAUUGUGUUUAUUUGUUAAACCUGUAUCAUGAUAAUAAAGUAUGGUGCAAUUAG